GCAUUCAUUGAUAUCUAUUACUCAUGGUGUUCUUUUCCAUUAAAAAAAUAAAAUUUUUGACUCAUUUAUUGAAAAAGGUUCGCCACCCUUGUGACAGAGGCAUUUCAAGAACUACGCUAUCUUGCAAAGAAAUAUGGAAUAUCGUAUCGCUGGGGCUACAGGCUCUAUUCUAAUGAAAAACUUGAGCAUUUUGAAUCUUAUUGGAGGAACUUAUAUCAACCCAUCUUCGCUUCUUUUUCUUCCCGGCCUUGGUGGUCUUCUGACUAAAGAAUUUCUUUUGGAAAAAGCGCCAUUGUUUUCGGAAAACCACGUCUUUUUGGUGAAAUGGCAAAGGAUGCAGUUCAGUGAUCACUUUCGGAAUAUUUCGAACGAGUUCAAGUAUGACUGUGAUAAGCUGGAUAGAUUCCGAUAUUAUCUGCGCCUUAAUAAAGCUAUUGAAAUGACUUACAAGUUAUCAUCAGUAGGAAACACAUCUCUCGGGUUAGAUGCACAUGUAACAGACGUCGACAAGGAUAAGAAUUUGGCGACUCAUCGAGCCUUGAUAGUUUGUGUUAGCAAGGCAACUGGCACUCCCGCUAGUCUACCGCAAGAGUUUCCAGCUGAAAAAAGGAGUAGCGUUGUUCAAAUUGAUGAUUUGAUAACAAAAAACCUAACGGAAACUGCACCAGAGGGCAGCGUGACUAGGUAUGUCGGAAUGGAAGACGUAGCUAUUUUGGAUUAUGUACCACACCAUAAGUACUUAAACUUCUGUCUGGACUGCCUUGCCGGUGACGCAACAAGGAAUGGUGUCACAAAUUUGCCUGGUAAUUUGCCUAUAUGGAAUUACCAGGUACGUUCGUGCUCGCUUUUGUAUUUAAAGCAAUCAAAGCUUGGUGAUCGCAUUCAAACGUUUUAUUGGAGAGAUCCUGCAGAUAUCUGGAGUUUCUACUUCAAGACAAUGCGAAACCAAGAAUCCAUUUGCGAAGCACGAGUGGAAAUGACUGCUGCAAAAUGAACACUUAACAUUAUACAAUAACCGACUCUUGAUUCGAAUAUAUAUUCGUAAUUCUCAUAUUUUCAAUCGAUAUGUAGUAAUUUUUUAUUUCGAUAAAUACAUUCACGUGCUAACAGUCAAUGGUACGAAUGUACGGAGUGCAAUUUACACGGGGCAUCACACUUGAAGAAUAUGUUGUCCAAUUUCAAAAUUUAUUUAAUAAAUAAUUAUUAAGGCAGUGGCGUAAUAAAUUGAA